AUGAGCGAUAAUGAUGAUUAUGAAUCUGAUAUGGUGGAUAGAAUUAUCAAAUCGGAUACGAUUUUGAAUAAAAUCCGAACACUGCUACCUUCAAGCAUAUAUUCAAUAGAUUUUACCAAGAUCAUAUCCUUUGCAACUUCGAGCUCUAUUAAUUUGGUACUGCCAUUCAUCAAUGGUUUCAUGUUGGGUAUGGGUGAGUUAUUCGCACACGAAAUCAGUUGGAGAUACCAUUGGUUCAAUCACAACAAUGCUGGCUACAAGAUCUUUCCUGUUUCUAGGAAAUACGCAGGAAUAAAUGCCGGAAGAGAAGAGAAAUCAGCGACUCAAAACAAAGCUGCACAGUUUAUAUAA